AUGGAAAAAUACCUCAUACCAAAUGUCAAAUCGGACAGGUUAAAGUUUUUCAACUCCAUAACUGAAGAAACUUACAAAGCUGCAUAUGUGAGCAAGCAGUCAAGGUUUCAGGCCUACCUUAAUGGGCAGAGGAAAUUCCAAUGGGAAAUUUCUUCCGAUAUUGAGAAAAUUGGAAAGAAUGUUGGUUCAUAUAAGGAAGGUACCAUACCUAAAGAAAACCUAAACUGUUUAAGGUACAGAGAGUUUCCUACAGAUGUUAAAGUAGAGGAUGUCUCCAAGUGUCAAAGAGCAUUGCAUCAUGUAAAGGGCACCUUUAAUGAAAUUGAGAAAAUCAAGGAAAAGCUUAACAAUCGAAAAAGGGAAUUGUUUGAUGCAGAUGUACUCCCUAAAUCAUGGGCAAGCAGCGAAAUCUCAUUUGUGGAAACCUCUUUAACAAAGAUUGAUCGAAUGUUAAAAGACACUGAGAAACUUGCUAUGGAUCUUGAACAUGUCAUGCAUCAGCUGCAUAAAAGGUUUGAUAACAGUUGUGUUGAAACUAGUGAGAGAAAAAGGAAGGCAAGGAGGAUUAUCGAGCAGAGGUAUAAGACUAAGCGAAAGAAACAGAUCUUGAGUGAGUGA